AUGCGCACGCAAUCGGUUCCCUUAAUAAAUCGGCAAUAUCUCGACUCGAUGGGCCACGGUUUGGCUAACGCGAUCAAAGACUACCCAGGGGGUGGCGUCCGUCUCCAAAACGGCAAAGGAAAAGACGCUGAUAUAGCAUUUGGCCCAAAGAGGCGAGCAGUAGGAGAGCGAGGGAGCGGAAAUGAAACAAGGUACACCGUUGUCGCCGAGAUCGCCAUCUCCGAGACGGAAACAAAGCUGAAGCGAGACGUUGAUUUCUGGUUGAACCCCCUUUCUGGGAACGCAAACCUGGUCAUAACGAUAAAGGCAAACAGACAAAUUCCCAAUAUCAAGAUCAACACCUGGCAACGGGUGAAUGAACGAGCGCACUGCACUCAAACUGUGUCGGUAACGAAGACCAUGGGUGGCAGUGUCAACGUGACCGGCCCCCUGCGCAUUCUAUUUGAUGCGCUAUUUGACAGAGCGUCUUCAGUUCCUGCGGAAAGGGACGUGUUCCUUUCUAGGGCACACCUUCAGUCUAUCGCAGAGGACAUUUGGGAGGACCAGGGCAUCUAG